AUGAGAUAUAUCGCUGCAAUUGCUCUUGCUUUGGGGGCUACAAAGGCAUUGAUGCCAUACCCUCGGGUUAUUGAAGUAACAUCCCCAACCGUUGCUUUCAUAAGUGAUGAAAUUGUACCCGAAUUCUCUGAAAACCCAAUUGACGUUGUUCUUGGCGGCUUCCUGAGAUUCAGAAACGUGGUGUUUAAUACCAAAUGGUACCCAGCCGCAGGUUUGGGAACUACGAAUGGUUACGCGAGUAAGCCAGCAGCUGGUGAGGUUUACAAUUCUACCACAAUUGAAAGAAUCGAGUUUCAUGUCAGCAAUCCUGCAGCCGAUCUUCAGUUCGGAGUCAACGAACUGUACACUUUGAUAUCGGGGGGCGACCUGAUCAUAAUCAACUCCGAGACUCCAUGGGGAGCAUUGAAUGCCUUAUCUACACUUCAGCAAUUGAUAAUUUUCGAUAAUGAUAAGUUUUAUUUAAAUGGGACUUAUCGAAUUGAAGACAAGCCAUAUUUUCGCCACCGUGGUAUUAUGCUCGACACUGCGAGAAACUUCUUAAGCGUCGAAACCAUAAAAAACCAAAUCGAGGUUAUGGCUUUGGCGAAACUAAAUGUUCUUCACUGGCAUAUCAUCGACAGUCAAUCUUGGCCUUUGGAGGUUAUUUUUUACCCCAAUAUGACAAAGGACGCUUACUCUCGUACCGAAGUGUAUACACACUCGGAUAUCAAACACGUUGUCGCUUUUGCUAGGGCUCGUGGGGUCCGAGUAAUACCGGAAUUGGACAUGCCGGGACACGCUAAUGCUGGCUGGCGCCAAGUUGAUAGUGACAUAGUGGUGGAUGGUGAUCGUUUUUGGAACGACGAACCACUGGUUGCGGCUGAGCCUCCUCCUGGGCAGUUAGAUCCUUCCUUGAACAAAACUUAUGAAGUGGUGAGCAACGUGUUCAAUGAAGUUGGACCUCUAUUCCUGGAUAACUUUUACCAUGCUGGAAUGGAUGAAAUAUUUCCCGCGCUCUACAACGAUCUGGAGUCAAUUAAAGAUUGGUUAAACCAAGGCAACCGCUCCUACAACGACUUGCUCCAGUAUUGGGUUGACAAGACCUUGCCAGUAUUCAAGGGGCGCACUAACACUACUCGAGUGGUUAUGUGGGCCGAUGUACUUGUAGGUGAUAUUCAUGCCUACAACCUUUCCCAAGAUGUGGUGCUUCAACAAUGGCGCGGGGGUGAAAACGUUCUCAAUAAUUUGAUUGCCACAGGUCAUGAUGUUAUCGUGUCCACUUCAGAUUUUUUGUAUCUUGACUGCGGAAAUGGUGGCUUCCUUUUCAAUGACCCAAUUUAUAUCGACAUUCCACAGAACCAAGCAACACUUCAUGGCGCUGGGGGUUCGUGGUGUGGACCUUACAAAACCUGGCAAACCUUAUACGACUUCAACAUCUUGGUGAAUUUGACUGAAAGCGAGGCCAAGCACGUGUUGGGCGCUGAAGCGCCGUUAUGGGGCGAGCUAAUUGACGACUCUGUGGUGUCGAUUAAGUUGUGGCCGCGUGUUGCCGCAUUAGCGGAGAAUCUAUGGAGUGGCAAUCGCGAUAAAGACGGGUACUUGCGGACAAACACGGUGUCGUCACGGAUUCUCAAUUUUCGUGAAUACGUUCAGCAGGCAUACGGUGUUAAGACUCAUCCACUUGUACCUCGGUGGUGUUACCGUAACCCUAGUCAGUGUGACAUCACUGCGAACCAAACGCUGCUUCGAAAGGGAGGUAAAGGUCAGUAUUAUGAUUUUUAG